UCAUGCUGCUGCCAGGUCCCAGAGUCUCUCAUGGGUCCCUGUACGGCCUCCCAUUGCUGCUGUCUCCAUCGCCACACUCUGCCAUGUGCCACUUUCAGGUCUCCUCACACUGCUGGUGUGUUCAAUUUUUUGACAUAGGGUGCUGGCAGAUUACGGGCCUCCCAUAGCUGCUGCCAGGCCCCUAAUCUGCCAUGGGCCCCUAUACCGCCUCCUCAUGCUGCUGCCAGGUCCAGAGUCUCUCAUGGGUCCCUGUACGGCCUCCCAUUGCUGCUGUCUCCAUCGCCACACUCUGCCAUGUGCCACUUUCAGGUCUCCUCACACACUGCUGGUGUGUUCAAUUUUUUGAC